CAAUAAGCCGCGAGCAGCGUAUAAAGCUUGAGAGCAAACGGCAAACAGCUGCUUCAUCUCCACCUGCGCCUUUCAUCUUCUCCUGGGCAUCACUCGACGGCGAAUCCACUCGCCGGAAAAUAAACGCUAUCACGGUGGGCAUCGGCGGUGCAGUGCCGGACAUCUUACUGUCGCCCCCGAAGAGUUAGGGUUUUUUCAGUUCUUCGAAGGCUAGGUAGCUCGGUGACUCUAAUCGACGAGACUCCGAGAGAGAGGUUGCGUGCGUGGUGAUGGAGGGAGCCCUAGCGAGCGCUUCUUCAAUCGCAGACCAGAGGCAGAGGAUCGAACAGUACAAGCACAUUUUGGCCUCCGUCCUCUCCUCCAACGACAUCGCCCAGACCAAGAAGUUCAUCGAUCACAUGCUCUCCGAUGAUGUCCCACUCGUGGUCUCGAGGCAGCUGUUGCAGAACUUCGCGCAGGAAUUGGGGGUUCUGGCGCCGGAGACGCAAAAGGAGAUCGCGCAUUACACGCUCGCCCAAAUACAGCCUAGAGUCGUUUCGUUUGAAGAGCAGGUACUAAUAAUUAGAGAGAAGCUGGCAGAAUUAUAUGAAUCAGAGCAACAAUGGUCAAAAGCAGCUCAAAUGCUUAGUGGCAUUGAUCUAGACUCAGCAAUGAGGAUGAUAGAUGAUACUUUCAGAUUGUCAAAAUGUGUCCAAAUUGCUCGCCUAUACCUUGAGGAUGAUGAUGCCGUAAAUGCAGAAGCUUUCAUCAACAAAGCUUCGUUCUUAGUUAGCAAUAGUCAGCACGAAGUUUUGAAUUUACAAUAUAAGGUUUGUUAUGCAAGGAUUUUAGAUUUGAAGAGAAAGUUCUUAGAAGCCGCACUGCGGUAUUAUGACAUAUCUCAGAUUGAGAAGCGACAGAUAGGAGAUGAAGAAAUUGACGAGGAGGCAUUGGAGCAAGCCUUAGCAGCUGCUGUGACCUGUACGAUUUUGGCUGCUGCCGGUCCACAACGGUCUCGUGUUCUUGCCACUCUGUACAAAGAUGAAAGAUGCUCAAAGUUGAAAAUAUAUCCGAUAUUGCAAAAGGUCUAUUUGGAGAGAAUACUAAGAAAACCGGAGAUAGACGCAUUUGCUGAAGAACUAAAAGCUCAUCAGAAAGCACUUCUGCCAGACAAUUUCACCGUGCUGGAUCGGGCUAUGAUUGAGCAUAACCUUUUGAGUGCUAGUAAACUGUAUAAAAAUAUAAGCUUUGAUGAGCUCGGAACUUUGUUGGGCAUUCCUCCUCAUAAGGCUGAAAAGAUAGCCUCAAGAAUGAUUUACGAAGAUAGGAUGAAAGGGUCCAUUGAUCAGGUGGAAGCUGUAAUCCAUUUUGAGGAUGACACUGAGGAGCUUGAACAAUGGGAUCAACAGAUAGUCGGAGUAUGUCAAGCGCUUAAUGACAUUCUUGAUGGCAUGGCAAAGAAAGGCCUGCCAGUGCCAGUGUGACGAAGGUGGUCAGAUAUAUUCCUAGGAGGGGACAUGCUUUUGCAAAUGACCUGGGAAGACGUUAUUUUAUUUUAUUUUAUUUACUUAUAAUCAUCCUUAAAAUAGCAAAAGGGAAAAUCAUCGUUAAAGAGCAAGUGAUCCUUUUGAAGUUCAGUAUAGAUUAUUGACCAUGACCUGGUUUUUCUCUCCUGUUUUAUAAUAACUGCUUCCUUUCAGUUUUAUGUUACUUCUCACUCA